AUGCCACAGAGGAAAAAAGUCUACAACACUACUUGUACGCGUAAUGAAGGAAAAGAAGCAACAGUUAUUGAAGCAUUUAAAAGAGAGAGAAAAGAAAAGAAAAGUUUCAUCUGGGCUUUCUUCGUUGAUGGUCGAGGAGGUUGGGAGCUAAUCUCUCUCUCGUUUUCUUCCGUUUUCUCCCCCAAGGAAUCCAACCAAAUACGAAGGCAAAAACCAGAUCGCGGGUCGAAAAUGUCGUCUUCAUCGCCGAAGAAGCAAACCCUUUUCCUCUCUUCUCUGAUCAUCCUCUGGUAUUCGUCCAACAUUGGUGUUCUUCUCCUCAACAAGUUCCUCCUCUCCAAUUACGGAUUCAAAUUCCCAAUCUUCCUCACAAUGUGUCACAUGUCCGCUUGCUCGAUCCUCAGCUACGUCUCCAUUGUCUUCCUCAAGCUUGUUCCUCUCCAAUCUCUCAAAUCUCGCUCUCAGUUCCUCAAGGUCUCGACCCUUAGCAUCGUCUUCUGCGGCUCCGUCGUUGGUGGCAACAUCUCCCUCCGUUACCUCCCCGUCUCGUUCAACCAGGCCGUCGGCGCUACGACGCCGUUUUUCACCGCCCUCUUCGCCUAUAUCAUGACCUUCAAGAGAGAAGCUUGGGUCACCUAUGGCGCUCUCGUCCCCGUUGUCGCCGGUGUCGUCGUCGCAAGUGGGGGUGAGCCGAGUUUUCACUGGUUUGGAUUCAUUAUGUGCAUUAGUGCAACGGCAGCAAGGGCCUUCAAAUCGGUCCUUCAGGGCAUCCUUCUUUCUUCUGAAGGGGAAAAAUUGAACUCGAUGAAUUUGUUGUUGUACAUGUCCCCGAUUGCCGUCAUAGCCCUUUUGCCCGUUACGCUUAUUAUGGAGCCUGAUGUGAUCAGUGUAACUCUAUCACUCGGAAGACAGCAUCAGUACAUGUGGGUGCUUCUUCUGCUUAAUUCAGCAAUGGCGUAUUCAGCCAAUUUGUUGAACUUUUUGGUGACCAAGCACACCAGUGCACUUACCCUCCAGGUGCUUGGGAAUGCGAAAGGAGCAGUGGCGGUGGUGAUAUCGAUCCUUCUCUUCCGAAAUCCGGUCACUGUGAUGGGAAUAGGCGGAUACACCAUAACCGUGCUGGGCGUGGUUGCUUACGGAGAGACCAAGCGGAGGUUUAGAUGAUUAAUUCAUAUGUAUGUAUGGCUCUUGGUAGGAACUUUGACUUGGACCUCAAAGUCAAGGCAUUGGUAAUGAUGAUUUUUUUUUUCUUUUGGUGUAAACCCUCGAGAGAGAUGAGAAUUUCUCAAGAGUGAUUUUUGUAUCUACCCUAUAUACAUACGUACAUACAUACAUACAUAUAGAUACGUACGUGCAUCUCUAUGUUUC